GAACUUUUUCGAUUUCGACAAAAGUUCGCAACAUAUCCAAAAUACGAUGGCGGUCUUGAGCGAGCGGCUGCCCGCUUUCAGCAUCUGCUUCUACGUCUCGAUUCUCCACCUGAUACAUUACUCCGAAUGUUCCACGCACUGGGUGGUCACGGAUAAGGGCAAAAUACAGCCGCAGAUGGACAGUGUGUUUUCGUUGCGGCGUCCGUACGACCUGCUGGCACUGCUGGCGCAAGAGGAGCGUGCAGUCCAGGUGGAGGAGUUCAAGCAGCAGCUGCUUCGGCGGAAGCAGGAGAUUGACCGGUGCGAGGACCAGGCCUCUGACGUAGAGCAGCGGCUCUACUCCACCGACAAGGACUGCAUCCUUGCCGCACAGCCGCUCACCGACUUUGACCUCUACGUCAGCACGGUCGUCCCGUUCGACCACAAGAUACAGAGCCACUGGGACAAGGCAGACCUUCGGACGGCGCGGGCGGAGCUUCCUGAACCGGACUGCUCGAGGGUCCUAGACUUGGACUUCAGCAUGCACUCCUUCGAGCACCUCACGGGUGUUCGUGAACGCCACAACCUAACCAUGAGCCCAGAGGCCGGCUUGCACCGGGCAGUGUCGGCCAUCGAAGGGACCGAAGAGUUUGGCUACGAGGUCUACAAGGCCAUGGCCAAGAACAACACCUCCUGGGUGAUCUUCAACCUGGCGGCUUACUACUGGCGGGAACGGGGGGAUCCGGCCAACGCGAUCGAGUGCGUGCGCAGGGCGCUCCACUUCUCACCCAGGGAGCACAAAGACGUGGCCCUCAUCAGCCUCGGGAACGUGCUGCACCGAUCGCACCUGUCCGAAGAGGCGGCCAUCGUGGUUCAUGCUGCCGUCGACACCGCGCCCGACAACGCCAUCUGUCACUUCACCCUGGGGAACAUCUACGCGGUGCUGGCGGACUACAACAAGAGUGUCGUCUGCUUCGAGAACACGCUCAAGGUUCAGCCAGACUUCCUGAAUGCUCGUCAGAGGCUUCACGCCGUUCUCUGCCACGGCAAGCUCGAGGCGGCUUUAGAAGCCCAACACAGCUCCCUGCAGAGGACGCUGACUCAGCUGCGGGAGUACCAGGAGCAGCGGGAACAGUGGCUGCACCAGAACGCCAAGCUGCUGAGCGAGCAGGCGCCGCCAGAGAUGCGGCUGGAGCAGCACCUCGAGUACGAGGAGCACAAGAUCCGCGAAAGCCUCGACGGAAAGGGGCACGACUGCUACCAGUUUGAGCAGAACGGGCACAUGGUGCUGAGCUGCAACAUGCGCAGGGACUCAUACCGGCUCAACAGCCUGCUGGACCUCAGCCUCAAUGUGCAGUUCGUGCAGGCCGUGGAGUCGCGCGUCAGCCGGCUGGGCCAGAAGGCGGCCGCGGCGGCGGCGGCUCGCAACCCCGGCCCCUCGGGAGAGGAGUGUCAGAACGCCUGAGUGUACCAAAUGGACCGAACCGCGUGAGUUGUGUCUAAAAGAAUUUUCAGGGCCGACGUGCAGUUUUUGCUUUUGAAAUGGCUGUGGGAAGUGAGCCGAAUCCAGACUCCCUUUUGGGUUCCCCCGAUGUUUGUGAGGCUGUAGAUUCGUAGCUCUCGAAUUUGAGCGGCGCCCCUGGCACCUAGAAUGGCAAGUGCGAAUAUAGGUUUUGAUCUUGUCGGACGGCCUUUAGUGGGCAUGCCGGGACGAACGGUGCUGCAGCCUACAAACUGAAUCAAGGUGACGAUCGGCAAAUACCUGUACAAUUUUUGUACGGUCGUCCGGACGAAUAAACUAGAUGAACUAAAGUAAAACUGGAAAACUGCUAGAGAACAUUCACUGGUAGGGUUACCAACCGUCCCGGUUUUGGAGAGACUGUCCCGAGUUCUCAUCCAGCGUCCCGAGUCCCGACUUGUCCCUGUCGGGCCAGCUAUGUAUAUGUCCCGGAUUUGAUUCAGACAUUCAGUCAGUUGUUUUAUGUGAUGAAUGACGGCACGCACGGGCAUCAAGAGCUCAUGCCUCGCUAGUAAUGAGGAUGUAAAAUGAACUGGUGGUUAACGAGCGAGUUGGUACUGUUGCAAACAAUUAAAAUGAAGACACACAGGAACGACAUGAGUUUGACAUUUUUCCUUCCACAAUGCCCUAGUUUGUAGAUCAGGAAACCUGCUGGGGGAACCGACAGUGGUAGAAAGAUUUUCAAGAGAUCCAACAUACCUAACCUCCCCAGGCUUGUAGAAAUAGUUUUUCCGUGUCUUUGAGCAACCCUCCAGUGAAGACGGUAUUCUCGAUUGUGAAAAACGUGUGGAAGGACGAGAGGAAUUACAUGAGGAGCUUGUUCAGUCACGGUUUUAGGUGAAGCUAAACUUCCAUAUGAAAUGCGUAACUCCCAUACAUUUGAAAGAAAGAGCACCUGCUGCCAGCUGCUAAUAGCCAGCUUAAUCCUCAGUAAUCAAAUAUUACCCUUGUCACCUCCCCCACCACCCCCCCCCCCCCCCCCCCCCGUCCUGACUUCCUUCAUCGAAGAGUUGGUAACCCUAUUCACCAGCGGCAGAAUCUGAACCCACAACUUCGAUUACUGACAUGUAUUUGACAGUUUUAUUGCGUCCUUUUCUUUGCCAAUGACAUGGUAAAUUCUGUUCUGGCAUUACCAAGUAGCUGCCAUUAAUGAAUUUUAUUGAUCAUGGUAUCAUUAGUUUCAUUAUUCCUGCAAAGCUUUGGGUGCUGUUCUAGUGAUUCACAUGCCUCGUAUGUGGCAUAUAUUCAUACACAGUAUCGAACCCUGGAACUCUGAGCAUACGAAGGACAUUGGCAGUACCAUUUGACUACAUGGUGGAUCUAGGGUAAACAAUAAUGGUUAAAGGGAUACGGAAACA